UCACCAGUUAAACUGGAACACCUGCUCGGCUACGUUUAGCGGUUAGCCUUUAGCGCUUCCUCGUCACCACAGGACUUUCUCACCGGUAACUCUCUGCACUGCUGACUAACCCGAGCGGCUGCACAGCUUUCCUGGUGGUGGAGGAGAAGAGGUAGGACACACCGGAUUCUCUACCGCUGUCGUCGCCCUGACAUCCGGGAGACGCUGGUGCCACGGUAGGGUUGAAUACAGCCGCUUUAUGAAGAAGUGAGCGAGACUGUCACAGAAAGCAUGGGGAGGAAGAAGGUCCCAGAUGUGUACAGAGCCCCUUUUCCCUUAUACUCCAUUAAAGUUGACCCCAAAACCGGGCUGGUGAUCACAGCAGGAGGAGGAGGUGCCUCCAAAACGGGCAUAAAGAAUGCGGUGCAAUUUCUGGAUCUGGAGCUGGUGGGAGAACACCAGUACAGUGCCAGCCUCCUUCACUCUCAUGACACCGACACACGAGCCACCAUGAACAUGGCCGUAGGGGAUGGUGUAAUUGCUGCAGGACAGGAUGGGACCUGCUGCCUGAUGAGGUUUCAACACUGCGCAAAGACCGAAGGAGGCAAAGCUGCUGCCAAAGAUGCAGGGAACAGUGUGCAGCAGGGUAAUGCCAGGCGGCGAGCUGGGAAAGGAGACAAAGGUGGAAAGGAUGGAGCCGCAGCUUCUGGAGAAACGUCUGAUAUGAAGGAUGAGACAGCUCAAAUCUCUGUGACUGGUUUGGCUGAAGUCCAGUCCGACCUGAACCCUCAGGACCCGCUCCAGAAGGUGGUCAGCUUCAGUUCUGACCUGAGCCUCCUGCUGACAGGAGGCACAGACGGGCACAUACGAGUCUGGGAGUUUCCAUCACUGAAGAAGAAGUUUGACUUCAAAGCACACGAAGGGGAGAUCGAAGACUUGGAUAUGAGUCCUGGGAAAAAGCACCUGGUGACUGUUGGCAGGGACUUUGCCUGCAGUGUAUGGAGCGGCAACCAAUUGGCGAUGAAUCUGAAAUGGCAUGAAACCCUUCCUCAAAUGGCUGAGAAGACUUAUCGAUAUAUGGCUUGCAGGUUUGGAAAGGUAGAGGACCAGAAAGAUGCCCUGAGGCUUUACACAGUGCAGAUCCCCCAUAAAAGAGACAGAAGACCACCUCCCUGCUACCUCACCAAGUGGGACGGCAAGAGCUUCCUGCCCAUGAUGACGGCUCCAUGUGGCAAUGAAGUCAUCUCCUGUCUGGCUGUCAGCGACUCUGGAACAUUCCUUGGCCUUGGAACUGUAACAGGAUCAGUAGCAAUCUACAUUGCUUUCUCCCUUCAGAAGCUGUAUUACGUACAGGAGUCCCAUGGCAUCGUUGUGACAGGCCUGGCCUUCCUGCCCGACUCAAUGAAGGGCAAAAAUAUCAUAGGGAAUAACGAAACGGCUAUGCUGAGUGUAGCUGUGGACAGCCGCUGUCAAGUACAUGCUGUCCCCAACCGAAGGUCUUUUCCUAUCUGGCUGGUGCUGCUCUGCUGUGGCUUGAUGGUUGUGGGAGUCAUCCUCCUCCUACAGUACCUCUUUCCAGGAUUUAUGUAAAUACAUUUAAAAUCCAAAGGUCGGUGGAGCAUGGACACAUCUUCAUAUGGCUGACUUUGCCACUGUCAACAGCAGUCCUCAGUCACAUAUUCCAUCUCAAUGCUGAACUCCAACUCGCAGCUGAGGCACGGCGUUGACUGAAGAAGCUUUUUUAUGGCGCCCUGACUACCCUCAACUCUUGUUCAGGGUCGUUCCUCUCAGAUCCGUAAACCCCAGUGGAAUCAACCCUGGAAAGAAUGUGGAAUUUUACUCACUUUGAUUUGUAUCAAUUAUUCUUAAUCAUUUCUGGAUUUAUCAUGGAGAUUUGAAGGACUCAGAUUCAUGAAUGUUUAAAGGGUGGGAUAUUUUUAUUGGCAUAUUUAAGGAACAAUGUAAAACUAUAAAAACAAUUGGUACAUAA